AUGCCUCGUAAAUUAAUCGCUUUUGCGGACGGUGACGUCCAGUAUCGGCCUUUCCAGUUGCAGAAAAAGUUGUUCCGAGGACUUGGUUACUACCCUGGCGAUGAGCGUUUCGCCCACUGGGGCAUGUUUCUGGUGUUGUUCUUUCACUACUGGUCCCAGGUGAUGCUGAUCUAUUGGGAGGGAAAGCAUGCGUGGAUAAAAAUCGGCGAGGGUGAUUUGCAACCGGCAUUCGAAGGCAUCUGCCCGACGCCAUCCCGCUUCGGAGGACUGCUCAAGUGUUGUAUUCUGAUUUCGAAACGCAAGCAACUGAAGCAACUGUUGGACACUUUGAAGGAGCUGUUUGAUCGAAAAGAGCCACGUGAAAAGGAAGUCAAUCUUUGGGCAACCUAUUGGGGUUAUCAGUUUACCUACUGGGAAUUGAUGUUCACCCAUUUGACGUGUGUUUUCUACUGCUUGCUGCCGAUAGCAGCAAUGCUUCUUCAUUUUAUGACGGAACCGGACGAAUCGAGGAUCUACAUCUUGCCCUUCAAGUUGGCGCUCCCAUUCGACUACUGCAAAUCGCCCGUGUUCGAGAUAACCUACAUCAUCAUGUGCUACAUUGCCUAUCCACCCAUCUUUAUGAUGGCCGGCGGUGAUGGUCUAUUCAUCGGUGUUUGUUUGCUCAUCUCGAGCCAGUAUCGCAUCGUGCAGCAGGAACUGGAAGCCUUGGGGGAAUCCGGCGGCGGAAAGGAUUCCUUCGCACAGGCCACCGACGAGGAAAAUGACCGAAUCUUCGAACAGUUGAAACUAAUCGCCCAACGUCACAACCGGACGAUUGGUAUCACCGUGGAAAUGUCAGCGCUGUUUUUGCAAAACGUGUUCGCCAGCUUCACCAUCGCAGCCAUCAAGAUUGGUCUGGCCUGCAUCACUGUGAUGAACGCGGAAGGACUCAACAAGCUCAUCUUUGUCUGGUAUUCGCUGGGUAUUAUUACGGAGAUAUACGUCUACUCUUACGGUGGAACGCGACUAAUGGAAGAGAGCGAGAAACUAAGCCAGACUGCUUACGACUUUCCCUGGUACCGGUAUCGAAAGAACGUACGGCAGAUUAUCCAGAUGAUGAUGCUCCGAGCACAGAAGCCGUCCCGUGUCGACGUGCCCUUCUUUGAAGCUUCGGUCGUUACAUUUUCCACGAUCCUACGAACCGCCGGAUCCUACGUGGCUUUGAUGCAAACAUUUUUGUAA